GAUGAGAUUUCAGGUACCUCCAUAAGGUAAAAGUGUGGAAAAUUGGGACUUCCUUAUUUUCAGCAAGACGGGGAUCAGUCAUCAACUGGACGUUAGUCAUCAUGCAAUGAAGACAUCAUCCAACCUGGGCUAGCCCAGUCCUAAAGUUUGCCCAAGCGUUACCUAUAUCUGCUUUUGGCUUGGACUACCCUGUACUUAGUAUUAGCAGAACUUUCAUGACUCGAACUCAAGCCUUUCUAACAUUAACAUAAAUACAUGACAAGGUAUAGCUAGUUCAGUUGAUGGAAUGGGUUAUUAUUAUUAUGUCUUGUGCUAAGAAUACAUUAGUCUAACAAGCCUAGGCUUAGGCAUAUUCGAGUCGGCCUAUUUGCAAACUGGUGGUUGUAGGGUGUUAAAUAAACUUUUUCGGAAAAGAAAAUAAUAUUGUUAAUUAUUUUAGCUUUUGUUCUAUUUACAUCUUGCUCCCUUAACUUAAGUAUGAAAUCAUGGUAUCAAAUUGCAUCAAGUUUCUUUACAACACUAACAGAUAUUAUUAUUAUUUUUGUUUUGCUUCAGGGAAAAAGGAAGUUGAUGUCUUGGUCCAAUGGCAAGAUGGCUCUCGAAAUGUUGUUUCAAACAUUGACCUUGUGUAUCGAGGGCCCUUAAAGAAAAAGAAACUUGUCAAGAUGAGAUGGGGAGCAACAUGGUGGAGAGGACAAGUGAUGGAUUUUGAAAAGGAUGUUGAGAAAAAUGCACCCCUGACCUCUGUGGAAACCAUUGGAAAUGAGCAUCUGACAAACCUUGAGGUAGCAGAGUCUAUGACAGCAAGCUAUCGGGAGAAAGAAAUUCCUAGUGAAACAGCAUUUACACCGAGUGUUACACAUGAUCCAGACAUCCCAAACACAGGUUCUCAUACAGACAGCCAGCUGAAUCCAUUAAGGAGAUAUGAAGAUAUCAGCAAUAGCAAGACAGAAAUCUGCUCAAAUUUCACAUGUAAAGAUGAGAUUUUUGCAGCAUGUUCCAUUUGCCAAUGUCUGUUAUGUUUUGAACACUUUGUAGGUGAUACAAAUUGUGAAUCCCAUAACGAGUUCUUCUAUGCUUACAAAAUAACUGAAGAGCCUGAAGAUGGCACUGAAAAAAAUGAAUCAGUAAGCGAAUUCAUACUUCAGUCAGAGAGUGAAACUUCAUUUGAAUUGCUUUCAACUUCAUUUGAAGAGGACACAUGGAAAUAUAGCAAUAGUGAAGAUGGUGUUAAUCAUGACAACUCAGCAACCCACACACAGUGUCGAUAAGACGAUUAUGUAGAAGUUAGUUCAUAAGCAAUAGAAACAGAUCUCGGUCCUGUUGAAAUGGACUUGCAACCAGAAGAUUUCGUAGUGGAUGGAGAACCUCGUACACUUAACACAACAGAGUCAAUGAACAAGAGAAGUUUAUCCAGAAAUAAGAAUGUGAAAGACAAAAGAAACAGUGGUAUGGGAUAUUUCACAGAAAAAAGCAACAAAUAUAUUCCAGGACGGAAAUCACAGUCCUUUGUGUCUUGUUCAAAGUACUGCAAACCACGAGGGUUGUCAUGUCAAGAGUUUUCAGAGGUUGCUAAGCAUGAGAUCAGAACAGCCUUUUUUACCCAUGAUUUGCAAAAACAAAGAGAGUGGAUAGCAAGAUAUAUCGAGGUAAAGAAACCUCGUAAG